AUGAAACGAGCAGGAAAUAUUCCUGAGAAUGCCCAAGCUCAAUUUUUGGAUAAUUUGGAAGUGGAGCGUGAGCGUGGGAUUACUGUGAAGGCGCAAACUGCAAGCAUGUUGGUUCGUUCUCCAAAGGACGGCGAAAACUAUCUCUUGAAUCUGAUCGACACGCCUGGACACGUGGAUUUUUCAUACGAAGUCGAAAAAAGUCUUGUCGCUUGUCAGGGCGUACUCAUGUUGGUGGAUGCAACGCAAGGUAUCCAGGCUCAGACACUAUCCACGUUUUACAGUGCAAAGAAGCAUAACCUCGACAUCAUCCCCGUCAUCACCAAAAUCGAUCUUCCUCACGCGGACGUGGCUCGCUGCAAGCAGCAAAUCACGGACGUUUUGAAGCUCCCCCCGAACGACAUUCUGUGCUGCAGUGCCAAGAAGAAUCUCGGCAUCGACGCGAUCUUUGACAAGGUCAUCAGCACCAUCAUCUGGCCGCAAGGAAGCGUCCAAAACCCGUUCCGCGCUCGCAUCUGCGACUGCUGGUACGACACCUACAAGGGCAUCAUCUGCUCGAUUCAGAUCGAAGACGGUGAAGUGAAUCAGGGCGACAAAGUGAUGUUGUUUCACUCCAAUCAGCGAUUCGACGUUCUCGAAUUGGGUCUUCUGCUUCCCUUUUCCGUCCCCAUUUCCAAGCUCCAAGCGGGCAAUGUCGGCUACAUCGUUCUCGGCUGCCGAGACAACAAGCAGAUCUAUCUCGGCGACACCAUCAUCCACAACCGCGAUUAUUCUUCCUCCACCCCCAAGCCCGCCCCGCUUCCCCAUUUCUCCACGCCGUCGCGCAUGGUGUUCGCCUCCGUCUACCCCGUCGACCAAUCGUCCUUCGAGGACAUGCGCACCGCGCUGGAGCGACUUCUGCUCAACGACAACUCGGUGAGCGUGGCGCAGGAGUCCAGCCAGGCGUUGGGAAUGGGUUUUCGCUGCGGGUAUCUGGGCGUGCUGCACAUGAACAUCUUCCAGGAGCGGCUCUUCAACGAGUUCGGCAUGCCCGUUCUCGUCACGGCGCCCUUCGUUCCGCACCGCGCCGUGCUCAAGACCGGAGAAACCAUCGAGGUGAACAAACCCUCGGAAAUGCCGCCGCCCUGCGACACGCUGCGCAUUCUCCAGCCCAUGGUGGACGUUUCGGUGGUCUCGCCGUCUCGCUAUCUCGGCGAUUUGAUGACGUUAUUCCGCGAUCGUCGCGGCACGGAGUCGGAAAUCCGCUAUCUGGACAAUCAGCUCGUGCUUCUGAAGUACCGCAUGCCCUGGGCGGAGGUCGUCGUGGACUUCUACGACGUCGUGAAGAACCGGUCCUCCGGCUACGCGUCGCUGGAGUACGAGGACGGCGGCUGGGAGGCCGACGAUGUCGUGAAGGUGGACAUUCUGCUGAACGGGAAGCCGGUGGACGCGCUGGCCUUCGUGUGCAAUCGGAAGCAAGUCGAGAGCAGGGGGAGGGAGAUUUUGCUGCGGCUGAAGGAGACUAUUUCGAGGCAGCAGUACGAAGUGAUUUUGCAGGCCGCUGUGGGGGCGAAGAUUUUUGCGCGGGAACGGAUCGCGCCGUAUCGGAAGGAUGUGCUGGUGAAGGGAGGGAAGCUGGUGGGCGGAGGCGAUUCGACGAGGAAGAAGAAAUUGCUGGAGGCGCAGAAACGCGGGAAGAAGAAGCUGCGGACCAUUGCGAAUGUGGAGAUUCCGCAGGAGGCAUUUUUUGCUGUGUUGGAUCGAAGUAAAUCGAAGUGA